AGUCACAUAAACCUGUAGGCUGUGAACAAAAAGACAUAUCAGCCUCCCAUCUCCAAUCCAACGUUUUCCUUCCUUUCUAGACUGCCUUCUGCUCUCAUCAACCUCUACCUUUUUCUCCUAGUUGUGUUCCAAAGCUUUCAUAUAAAAUCAGAAGAAAUACAAGAAUCCAAACCCAUUUCAUGUAUAUUCCCAAAACCAACUAAAAAUUUCCAAAAGCCAAUUCAACCAUCUCUUCCGCUCUCAGAGAGAGUCUCUGUUAAUUCUUGUGCAGAGGGAAAAGAAUGGCAAUUUGUGCAGUCUACAAACCUCAGUCCCUCCAUUCCACAUGUUCAAUCUCCGCACCAUCAAAAACCCACUUGGGAUUUCACCAAAAACAGGUAGUUUUCUACACCACUAGUGGCUGGAAAACCAGCAAGAGAUCGGGCAGCACCAACAGCCCAUAUGUGAUAACAUGCUCGGUUGGUAACUCGCAGACAGUAGUGAUUGGUCUGGCAGCAGACUCAGGUUGUGGGAAGAGCACCUUCAUGAGGAGGCUGACCAAUGUGUUUGGAGGUGCAGCAGAGCCACCCAAGGGCGGCAACCCUGACUCCAACACCCUCAUUAGUGAUACCACAACUGUGAUAUGCUUGGAUGAUUAUCACUCUCUGGAUAGAACUGGAAGGAAAGAGAAGGGAGUCACUGCACUUGACCCAAGAGCCAACAACUUUGAUCUUAUGUAUGAGCAGGUUAAGGCACUCAAGGACGGGAUUGCUGUUGACAAACCCAUUUAUAAUCAUGUUACUGGUCUCUUGGAUCCUCCUGAGCUCAUCAAGCCUCCCAAGAUCCUAGUCAUUGAAGGUUUGCACCCCAUGUAUGAUGCGCGAGUAAGGGACCUCUUGGAUUUCAGUAUCUACUUGGACAUCAGUAAUGAGGUUAAGUUUGCAUGGAAAAUUCAGAGGGAUAUGGCAGAGAGAGGACACAGUCUCGAAAGCAUCAAAGCUAGUAUCGAAGCCAGAAAGCCUGAUUUUGACGCAUAUAUCGACCCACAAAAGCAAUAUGCAGAUGCAGUGAUUGAAGUGCUUCCUACCAAACUCAUCCCGGACGACAACGAGGGGAAGAUUUUGAGAGUAAAGUUGAUAAUGAAGGAAGGGGUGGAGUUUUUCAGCCCAGUUUACCUGUUCGAUGAAGGUUCUUCCAUCUCAUGGAUUCCAUGUGGAAGAAAGCUUACUUGCUCCUACCCUGGCAUCAAGUUUUCCUAUAUCCCUGACUCUUAUUUCGGCCACGAGGUGUCAGUGCUGGAAAUGGAUGGCCAAUUUGACAGAUUAGAUGAGCUAAUUUACGUGGAAAGCCAUCUAAGCAACAUCUCUACCAAGUUCUAUGGAGAAGUCACCCAACAAAUGUUGAAGCUUUCAGAUUUCCCAGGCAGUAACAAUGGAACAGGUCUUUUCCAAACCAUUGUCGGGUUGAAAAUAAGAGACAUUUACGAGCAGAUAAUAUCCAGCAAGACUAAAACUCCCGUAGAAGCAACAAAAGCCUAAAAACUUGCCUUGUGUAUUGGACAAUGCAGCAAGCCUCUAAAAUCAUCUUCCACUUUCGUAGCCAUGUCUCAGUUUAGUGUUAGCCCAUUAUUGAUGGGAGAGACAACACUCCGUAAGUACUUAUUGUAAUGCUGUGGAGCCGUGUAUUAUAGAGAAGUGAACACAGACAUGAAGUUCUGUUAAGUUAAUAGAAGAUUGGGUACCCUUUUCUGGCAUUGCUUUUCC